AUGUUUACCUCGUUUGGAAUCCCGUGGGUUCGCGAUCAGGUCAAGAACGGUGUCCAAGGUGCUCAAGAGCAUCCAUUCGUUCUCGUUGAUCAGCCAAUGGGCAAGGAAUCCAUUGAGAAAGUUUUUCCCUUGGUUCGUGGGACUGGUAUCCAUGACGAAGUCACCAUUUGGGAAUGA